GAGCGCAGUAGCCCCGGGAGGCGGCGGCGGCGAGGGGGCGCGCGGGGGCCGGGGCGCGGGCGGGGAGAGCGCCGGGGCGGGCAGCGCAGCGCAGCGCCGAGCGGGGCCCGCGGGCCCAUGCGGAGGCCCGGGGACCAUGGGCUCCAGGAUCAAGCAAAAUCCAGAGACCACGUUCGAAGUGUGUGUGGAAGUGACCUACCCGAGGACCGGGGGCACACUUUCAGAUCCUGAGGUGCAGAGGCAAUUCCCCGAGGACUACAGUGACCAGGAAGUUCUACAGACCUUGACCAAGUUUUGCUUCCCCUUCUAUGUGGACAGCCUCACGGUGAGCCAAGUUGGCCAGAACUUCACGUUCGUGCUCACUGACAUUGACAGCAAGCAGAGGUUCGGGUUCUGCCGCUUAUCUUCAGGGGCGAAGAGCUGCUUCUGUAUCUUAAGCUAUCUCCCCUGGUUCGAAGUGUUCUAUAAGCUGCUUAAUGUCCUGGCAGAUUACACAACGAAAGGACAGGAGAGCCAGUGGAAUGAGCUCCUUGCAAGUCUGCACAGACUGCCCAUUCCCGACCCGGGCGAGUCUGUUCAUCUCAGCGUGCAUUCUUAUUUUACUGUGCCUGAUACCAGAGAACUUCCCAGCAUACCAGAGAAUAGAAACUUGACCGAGUACUUUGUGGCCGUGGACGUGAACAACAUGCUCCACCUGUAUGCCAGCAUGCUGUACGAGCGCCGCAUCCUCAUCGUCUGCAGCAAGCUGAGCACCCUGACCGCCUGCAUCCACGGCUCGGCCGCCAUGCUGUACCCCAUGUUCUGGCAGCACGUGUACAUCCCCGUCCUGCCCCCGCACCUGCUGGACUACUGCUGCGCUCCUAUGCCCUACCUCAUCGGGAUCCACCUCAGCCUCAUGGAGAAGGUCCGAACUAUGGCCUUGGAUGACGUCGUGAUCCUGAAUGUGGACACCAACACCCUGGAGACUCCCUUCGAUGACCUCCAGAGCCUUCCGAACGACGUGAUCUCGUCGCUGAAGAACCGUCUGAAGAAGGUGUCCACGACCACGGGGGACGGCGUGGCCCGAGCAUUCCUCAAGGCCCAGGCUGCUUUCUUUGGGAGCUACCGAAACGCUCUGAAAAUCGAGCCGGAGGAGCCCAUCACCUUCUGCGAGGAGGCCUUCGUGUCCCACUACCGCUCGGGGGCCAUGCGGCAGUUCCUGCAGAGUGCCACACAACUGCAGCUCUUCAAACAGUUUAUUGAUGGUCGAUUAGACCUUCUCAAUUCCGGCGAGGGUUUCAGCGACGUCUUUGAGGAGGAGAUCAACAUGGGCGAGUAUGCGGGCAGCGACAAGCUGUACCACCAGUGGCUCUCCACCGUCCGGAAAGGGAGCGGGGCCAUCCUGAACACGGUGAAGACGAAGGCCAACCCAGCCAUGAAGACUGUCUAUAAGUUUGCAAAAGAUCAUGCAAAAAUGGGAAUAAAGGAGGUGAAAAACCGCUUGAAGCAAAAGGACAUCACCGAGAACGGCUGCACGGCCCCCUCUGAGGAGCCACUGCCCAGGCCGGCGCCAUCCCCACUGGUGGAGACCAAGCACCGAGAGGACCGGAGGCCCAUCACUGUCCACUUCGGCCAGGUGCGCCCGCCCCGCCCACAUGUCGUCAAGAGGCCCAGGAGCAACCUGUCGGGGGACGGCCGGAGGACGUCGGUGCCCAGCCCUGAGCACCUGGCCAAGCCCUCCGGCCACUAUGCCGUCUUCCUCUCCGAAGACUCCUCGGAGGACGAGCGCCCGCGGGAAGAGGGCCCCAGCUCUGGCUUCGCCGAAAGCUUUUUCUUCUCCGCUCCCUUUGAAUGGCCACAGCCCUACCGGACCCUCAAGGAAUCAGACAGCGCCGAAGGGGAGGCCGAGAGCCCUGAGCAGCGGGCGCGGGAGCCUGGGGGCCCAGUGCCCCCUGACCGGGCAGCCAGCAUCGACCUCCUGGAAGACGUUUUCAGUGGCCUGGGUGUGGAGGUCCCACUGCAGCCGUUGAGCCAGGCCAAGAGCUUGGAGGAUCUUCGGACCCCCAAAGAGCUGAGGGAGCCGCCGGGAACCUUCAACUACCAGCGCCUGGAGCUGGGCAGGAGCGAGAGGAGCCGAGGGCUUCCUGCAGCCCUGAAGCUUGCCCACCCCUACAACAGCCUCUGGAACCUGGGCCAGGACGACAUGGCCAUCCCCAGCAAGCCCCCCGCCGCCUCCCCCGGGAACCCCUCGACCCUGCUCGGGGGCUCUCGGGCUCUGCCCUGCCGGCCGCAGAACCUGGACGGCACUGCGGGCCCCGGUGACAAGGAGGAGGUGCUCCCACCCACCCCAGGAAGCAUCACCAUUCCCCGGCCCCAGGGCAGGAAGACCCCUGAGCUGGGCAUUGUGCCCCCGCCUCCUGCCGCUGCCCGCCCCACCAAGCUCCAGGCGGUGGGCCCCGCCCUUGCUGACUCUGUGGAGCGGGAAAGGCCCUUCCCGGGGGGCCUCCCCACGGCAGCCCCCUCGGGUCCCCCAGAACUGCUGCGUCCACUCAGCCUGGCCCCCGGGGCACCAAGCUCAGGGCCCGAUGGCCUGCUGGCCCUCCUGGACCCUCUGAGCACAGCCUGGCCGGGCAGCGGCCUCCCCCCAGGCCCGACGGCCCCCCGUGCGGCCUCGCCCUUCACCCCGCAGCUCAGCUUCCCCCCCGCAGGCACCCCCAGCCUCUUCCCGCAGCCGGGCCUCAACCCCUUCCUGCCGACGGUGCCUCUGCUGUCCACGCCGGCCCGGCCCUUUGGGGCGGCCCCUGCGCUGGGGCCCACGUUUGCGCCCGGCGUCCUGCUGCCGGCCUCCGGCUUCUGCAGCCCGCACAGACCCCAGCCCGGCCUCUCGGCCCUCUCCAUGCCCAACCUCUUCGGCCAGGUGCCUGCGAGCGCCCACGCCGGCCCCCUGCCGGCCCUGGGCCCCCCCACCGUGCCCCCGUCCAGGAUCCGAACGUUGCCCCUGGCCCGCUCCAGCGCCAGGGCGGCCGAGGCCAAGCAGGGGCUGUCGGGGCGGCCUGGGGAGCCCCCCCAGGGCCUGGGCGCCCCCGCCCCUCGGGAGUCCAGAGACCCCUUCGAGGACUUGCUGCAGAAGACCCGGCAGGACGUGAGCCCGGCGCCCGGCCCCGGCUCGGUGGAGCAGCUGCGGAAACAGUGGGAGACGUUCGAGUGAGCCCCGGGCCAGCCAGCCACUCUGCGCCCGCGCGUCCUGCUGCUCGGGAUGGACGGGGCUCCGUGGUCCCCGGUCCUGCCACACCGCCCGCCGCCACCACCGAGGGCCGGCCAGGAACCCUGCCCCCAGACACCCCCUCAGUUGGGUUUUGCACUAGAGAGGUCAGCCAGUCCAGUGGGUGCUGACCUACCCACCCUCCUUCUGGAACCUUCCAUCAGGGGCUGUGAGGCUUUCCGGGGACCUUCGCUCCGCUGCCCCCUUGCCGUCCAACGCUGCCC